AUGGCCAGCGAGAAGAACAAGCGUCGCGGAACGGAGGAGAAGGGCAAAGCAGCAUCCGCGGAGAUAAGACAAGGCAGUGCUGCAACAGGGAGAAGGAGUCUUUGGCUUUCCAGCGUGGGCAUCGUGGUCCUUGCUGUGCUGCUGGGAAUUUGGGGCACCUGGUCCACUGGCAGCGCCUCCAGGCCCAAGCAGACAGAGGCGACGGUCUGGGCUGCAGGUCUGCUGCAGGAGAACGUGACUUGUGCACCUCAAGCCGGAGGUGAUGGGAGUGGGGCACUGGGGCUUUGCGGCACCACCAGGAGAGCGAACAACUGUGCUCGCUUCGUGCUGGAUGGAGCUGUGCCAGCCGAGCAUGUGGAGGAGCUGCGUUUGAUGCUCUCGUGGCUGAUUGCUGAAGCCUGGGGUGGUGGAGCAGGGCCGCCCAGUGUUGUCGACUUGCAUUCGGAGACCAUCUCCUACAAGGAGCAGUUCGUGAACUUGACGGAGCUCAUGAACUUCAAGUCUCUGAAGUUCACUCAGAAGCAGGUCGAGGCCUACACCCGCGUGCGUGAGACCUUACGAGUUCGUUUGGCGCAGCUUUUUGGAUUGGAUGCCGAGCAGUUGCAGCACGACAUGACUUUCUUUUCCCACAUCAAUGGGAGCAAGACGGCGCAGACCGUGCACGAUGAGUAUUGGCACAGCCACAUCGACACUGAGCAGUAUGGCACCUUUGCCUACACAAGCCUCUUGUAUCUCAACACCCAGGAUGAGGACUUCCAUGGUGGUGAAUUCGUCUUCGAGGCGCCAGAGCCGCGCGCGGUGGAGCCGCGCGGCGGGCGCGUGGUGGCCUUCAGCAGCGAUGCAGAGAACCCACAUAAGGAGAUCAUGGGCGGGUGCGAAAGCAAGGCCACCACCGCGAAUGAGUUCCAAGUUGACGCUGCCAGGCAUCCGAAUCUGCAGCGCCUGGCGUUGACCACCACGGAAAAGAUGGGCUGGAUUCCCGACCUUCCGGACCACCGCGACCAUUACAUGAGCUUCAAGUCCAUCGACACGCCCAAGGACCUCAAGAAGAAGACCGAAGGCAAGAAGGAGAUCGUGGACUUAAGGCCCCUCAACGGUGGCUUCAAAAUCUUCAACCAAGGACAUUUGGGUAGCUGCACGGCGAAUGCUUUGGCGGCCUCUUUCCACUUUACCCUGCACAAAGAGAAUGUGGAGAGCCACGCGGACUUGAAGGACUUCACACCGAGCCGCCUCUUCAUCUACUACAACGAAAGGUACGUUGAGGGCAGUGUGGACCAAGAUGCUGGCGCGAUGUUGCGUGAUGGAGUCAAGGUCAUGGCAAAGAUGGGCGUGUGUCCGGAGUCCAUGUGGAAGUAUGAUGACGGCGAUGACUUCUUCAAGAAACAGCCAAGCAAGGACUGCUAUGACUUCGCCCAAAAAUGUACGGUGAAGAGCUACGCGCGGGUGGAGCAGAAUGUGGAGCAGAUGAAGGCUUGCAUCAAGCAUGGCUAUCCCUUUGUGUUCGGCUUUACCGUGCUGACGAGCUUUCAGGAAGCCGCCAAGGACGGCAAGAUGGUGAUGCCCCAGAAGAACGACCAGGUAAGGGGAGGCCAUGCCGUGUGCGCCGUGGGCUACGAUGACUUCCAGCAGUGCUUCAUCGUACGGAACUCCUGGGGCGAGGAAUGGGGUGACAAGGGUUACUUCUACAUGCCCUAUGAGUACAUUCGUGAGGAACAGCUGGCUCAGGACUUUUGGGCGAUCAAUUGGGUGGAGGGCUUCAAGGAUGCUGCGCCGAAGAAGUUCUAA